AUAUUUGUUCAGUUUACUCUAGUAAAGAACAUUGAUAUUCGUCGUUGAAUGGAUGAAAAGAAACCCAAGGAAGAUUCAGAAAUGGAUGGACACGACGGAAGAGUGCAUUUCCCGACAGAUCAAGUAAUCGAACAUGAUUCAGAGAUUAUAGUGAAAAAAGACAGUGAAGAACAUGUAUCUGUGCAUUUAGGCUUCUUAGAGAUCCACCAUCAGUAUGAGAUCAGGUUUACUAUAAAGGAUACCCUCGGAGAAGAUGUAUUACAGGAUCCCCUACAGAAUCUACAUGUUAAGAUAUUAGAGAUUCCUCCAUCUGAAGAUGGGGAAGGUCAUGAGGUUGUGCUUGACUUACAUGCUCACAAAGAAAAACUGUGGAAGGAAGAACUGAUAAUUACAAACACAGAUAAAACUGCAUCACUAACAAUAACAUUACAUGCCAGGGUACUAGGCAAGGGUAAAGGGACGCCAUCUUUGAAGACUGGGAUCCACUGUACAGGGAUAAACGUCGACGAUGAUUCGGAACAAGGAAGUGACUGGCAGGGGUUCGACUAGACAUGGUUCUUGCAUACCUCUCUUAUGUGGCCUUUAAUUGUUAAUAAACUCCAUGGAUCGAACACUACCAGAGAUGAGAAUAUGACAUUAAUGCAGAGUACAGUUGUAAAUGGUCAAUUUUGGCUCACAUGGUGGGCCUAUACUAUAAAGUUUUU